AUGAAAGGUAAUAAGGGUGAAAAAGGCUUUCCUGGUGUUCCAGGUCCACCUGGUCACAGAGGCUUUCCUGGUCCAGAAGGGCCUCCAGGGCCCCAGGGACCAAAGGGUUCUCCAGGGCGUACGGGCUUAGUUGGACCCAAAGGUAUACGAGGAGUCGCAGGAAUACCUGGAUUUUCAGGUCCCCCAGGCCUUCCAGGUGAACCGGGAACUGUUGGUCCUCCUGGGCGCUCGGGUGUUCCAGGAUGCAACGGCACAAAGGGUAUUGCUGGCAUCAAAGGAGAGAAGGGUGCCCAGGGUACUCAAGGAUAUCCUGGGGAACUUGGACCACAGGGCCCUCCAGGGGCUUCAGGCAUGCCAGGGAAAGCAGGACCUCCUGGACCUAAGGGUCUUAUGGGACUGAAAGUAAUAGGAACGAAAGGAAAAAAGGGUGACACUGGAUUAACUGGACCCCCUGGACCACCAGGAACCGUUAUUGUGACGUUAAGUGGACCAGACAACAUGACGGACUUGAAAGGAGAGAAAGGAGAAAAAGGAUCAAGAGGACUUCCAGGGCCAAUGGGGUUUACGGGGCCAGUUGGUGAUUCUCAGAGUGAAAAGGGUGACCGAGGAGAACCCGGAGCACAGGGUACACCCGGAAAAGAAGGUGUCCCAGGUCCACCUGGCUUACCGGGACAGAAGGGUGAACAGGGCAAACCAGGACUGGCUGGCAGGCAAGGAGCUAAGGUAUUGUCUAAUGGUUUUGUUGUUGCUUUUGAGGAUGAGGAUAAGACAGAGUAUUAUGAUAAUGUGGUUGGUGAAAAAGGAGAUGAAGGACCCCCCGGACCUCCAGGACCAAAAGGUCAACGUGGCAUGCCUGGGCCACAGGGUCCUCCCGGAGAUGCUGGUAGACCAGGUGUGUCAAGACCUGGUCUGAGAGGUCCCCCAGGAUUUCCUGGGCCAAAGGGAACAAAAGGAGAGAAAGGACAAACUGGCUUGUGUAUUGUAGGCCCUCCAGGACUACCUGGUAUUACUGGCAGCCCUGGUUCUGUUGGAUUACCAGGUCCUCCAGGAGAACCAGGUAGAGUAACGUUUAGAACAGGCCUACCAGGAGUUCCUGGAGAGCCAGGGUGUACAGGACCUCCGGGAUCUCCAGGAGAUAUUGGCAUGAAAGGUGAUGAAGCUUAUGUGUGUACUGAUUGCAGCUAUAUUCCGGGAAUACCUGGUCUUCCUGGUUCUCCUGGGCCACGUGGCCAAGAUGGCAUGCCUGGUAGAGAAGGAACAACAGGUCCAAAAGGUUCUCCAGGUUCUCCAGGAGCACUGGGGUUUCCAGGAGCUCAAGGACCUCCAGGUUCUAGAGGACAUCAAGGACAUAAAGGAUCAAAAGGUGAGCCAGGAUAUGUGUAUCCAGAAGGGCCAAAAGGUGAGCGAGGAGAUCCAGGGGCCAGGGGCGACAAAGGAAGAAAAGGUUCAAGUGGAUUUCUGGGAAGACCUGGUUCUAAAGGAUCCAAGGGUUCUAAAGGUGAAGAGGGAUUGGCUGGUUCAAAAGGAGAUAGAGGACUACCUGGAUUGCCCGGCAGUCUUGGUCUUCCUGGAGAGAUUGGGCUUCCUGGACUGCCAGGAUAUGGACCACAAGGAAUAAGAGGUUUCAAAGGCUCUAAAGGAAUACCUGGUCCACCUGGAUUACCUGGAGAAGCUGGCCUGAAAGGAGAGACCAGUAGGAUAACUCCAUUACCUGCGUUGCCCGGACCUCAAGGACCAGAUGGUUUACCUGGACCCCCAGGAGUGCCUGGUAGGGUUGGAGCAAGAGGUGAGCCAGGUGAUUCAGGACAUCCAGGGCCAACAGGUGACACAGGCUUUCCAGGGCUUGGAUUUCCUGGAAACCCAGGUCCAAAAGGAGAUAAAGGACUUGCAGGAGGCAGAGGGUCACCAGGUUGUGAAGGAAAGAUCGGAGAUCCAGGCCGAGCUGGAAACCUGGGACAACCAGGAGAAAAGGGUGACCCAGGCAUGGUUAUUCCCGGAGAGCCAGGAGAUCAUGGCUCACCUGGAGUUCCUGGAGAUCCAGGUUUUCCAGGGAAACCUGCUGAAUGUCUUAGUGGCCUGCCAGGUUUGCCAGGUGGCCAGGGAACUACAGGCCCACCAGAUCUAAUGUUUAGCCCUCAAACAGGCAGAGUUCAAGAAGAGUGUCAUGCUCACGAUGGCAAGAUAGAGAUGAAGGUUUGUUUUCCAGGCAGAUGUACCAUACUACACUGUCGUGCAUUUUUCUUAGGAGGAAGAGGUUCGCAAGGUUCAAAAGGAAAACUAGGUCCUCCUGGCUUGAGUAUCCCGGGAAUCUAUGGAAAGCCUGGGGAACCUGGAUUAAUAGGUCUUCAGGGAAACACAGGAUUACCUGGUCCCAAGGGACAGUCUGGAAGGCCAGGAAUUUCUGGUGUGCCAGGCUCAAGGGGAGAGCCAGGUAUAAUGGGCCUGUUAGGAAUUCCUGGACCCCCUGGCAUGAUUGGAAGACCAGGCAACCCGGGUAUCAGAGGUUCUUCUGGCUUCCCAGGACUAAAGGGAAGAAAAGGGUUUCUUGGAGCAAAAGGCGAACCAGGUGAUAAAGGUUUUCCUGGACCAUCUGAGACCUUGGUUGGUAUUGGGACUAAAGGAGAACAAGGCUUAAAAGGUGUUCAAGGAAGAAUGGGUCUAAGAGGAGAAAAAGGAGAUGCCGGUGUGCAAGGUCCCCCAGGUCUUGACGGGCCUGAAGGAAUACCUGGUCUAGCAGGUGUCAAAGGAUUUAUGGGUCUUCCAGGGAUUCCUGGAGGACAAGGAUUCCCGGGUGCACCAGGAAACAAAGGGGACAUGGGAAUUCCAGGUCCAAAAGGACAGAAAGGAUCUCCAGGCUUUCCAGGACCAUCAGGUGACGCUGGUCCACCAGGCUAUGGUGGCUUUCCAGGUGACAAAGGAGAACCUGGGUACCCAUCUGCUGGGCCUCCAGGAGAACCUGGUCCAAAGGGAGAUCCAGGCCUCCCAGGAGUUUUGGGCAGCAAAGGAGAAAAAGGAUCCCAAGGUCAUCCAGGACAUAAAGGAGUACCAGGACCACAUGGGAUUAGAGGGGAAACUGGAGGUGCAGGAAUCCCAGGGAAGCUUGGACCUCCUGGAGAUAUUGGUGUUAAAGGACGGCAGGGCCGCCCAGGACAACAGGGCAUUACAGGCCCUCCUGGUGCUGUUGGAGACCCUGGAAGAAUUGGAGUUGUUGGUGAAAGAGGUAAUCAAGGUCAGGAUGGUAUGCCUGGUCCCCCAGGAGUAAAGGGAGAACCAGGACCACCAGGGAGAGGAAUUCCUGGCCUUCGAGGUAUUCCUGGUCGUAGAGGAGUCAAAGGGGACAUGGGACUGCCUGGUUUUCCUGGGCCACCGGGUAUGAAAGGUCAUCGGGGUGAUCAAGGACCCAUUGGACCUCCUGGCUUAGUGGGGUUACCUGGAUUUCAAGGCACAACAGGCAUGGCAAUUACUGGCCAAAAAGGGAAUAGAGGCAUUGCUGGUGCAGAUGGAAGACCAGGUGCACCUGGUUUUCCAGGGCCUCCUGGUCUUCCCACUCCCAGCAUGAAAGGAAGCAAAGGUGUUAGAGGGGCAGAUGGCAUACCAGGGCCAACAGGCCCAGCCGGCAACAUUGGUCCUCCCGGUCCAAAAGGAUUAGAAGGUCGAUCAGGUUAUCCUGGUGCUAGAGGGGACCCUGGAUUUCUUGGAUUCCCAGGUGUAAAAGGAGAAAAGGGUAAUCAAGGACCCCCUGGACCACAAGGUGCAGAAGGGCCAAGGGGACCAAAGGGUCCACCUGGAGUCCCUGGGAUAAUAUUCUCUGUCCCAGGAAGCAAGGGUCCUCCUGGACUGCCAGGAGUCCCAGGAACACCAGGUGAUCAAGGAAUUCAAGGGAUUCCUGGACUACAAGGACCUAAAGGAGUAAAAGGUCUUCCAGGAAGUUUUGGUCAUCCAGGUAAACCAGGACUGCCUGGUCCAAAAGGAGACAGGGGAUUUCCAGGACAAAGAGGACAACCUGGACUGAUUGGCUUUCCAGGUUUACAGGGGUUACCUGGAUCACCAGGUACUAUCAUUGCUGGUCCAACAAGAAGAGGCUUUAUCUUUACCCGGCAUAGUCAAUCAGCAAAGAUUCCUUCAUGCCCUCAUGGGACAUCGCAGAUCUAUGUUGGCUAUUCACUGCUUUUUGUACAAGGAAAUGAACGAGCACAUGGACAAGAUCUUGGAACAGCUGGUAGCUGCUUGCAGAGAUUUACCACCAUGCCAUUCUUAUUCUGUAACACCAAUGAUGUUUGUAGUUUUGCUUCUCGCAAUGACUAUUCAUACUGGCUGUCAGCUGCAGCAGUAGUGCCAGUAGACAUGGCACCCAUUUCUGGCAGGGCACUAGAGCCCCAUAUAAGCAGGUGUGCUGUCUGUGAAGGAGCUGCAAUGGUAAUAGCAGUUCACAGCCAAACAACUGUAGUUCCUGCAUGUCCAGAAGGCUGGACAGCUCUCUGGAAGGGUUUUUCUUUUGUUAUGUAUACAAGUGCUGGCUCGGAAGCUUCUGGCCAAGCAUUGGCAUCUCCUGGAUCUUGUUUGGAAGAAUUUCGAGCCAUCCCAUUCAUAGAGUGCCAUGGCAGGGGGACGUGCAACUACUACACAAAUUCCUACAGCUUCUGGUUGGCAUCGUUAAAUCCAAGAAGAAUGUUCAGGAAACCUCUGCCACAGACUUUGAAAGCAGGAGAACUAGAAAAUAUCAUCAGUCGUUGUCAGGUCUGCAUGAAGAGACCAGUCUAA